UGGACCAUUGCAUUGCAUUGAUCAUGAGCGAACGAAUCGAUUGACUCUACUACUCUAGUCUAUGCUUUGCUGGAGUGGAGAAUUCCGGCCGAGUGUGGCUUACAUUUGAACCAAAUUACGCCCAAUUUUUUGCUCUCGAGAAAGAUGGUGUGUGAGAAAUGUGAAAAAAAACUUGGAAAAGUUGUAACACCAGAUCCAUGGAAAAGGGGGGCAAGGAACACUACAGAGGGAGGAGGAAGGAAAGUAGGUGAGAACAAGCUCCUGACAGCCAAGAAGGCUCGCAUGAAUCCUUACACCAAAGACUUCAAGAAGUGCAGGAUUUGUAAACAGUCUGUUCAUCAGAUAGGAUCCCACUACUGUCAAGCAUGUGCCUACAAAGUUGGAAUCUGUGCAAUGUGUGGAAAGAAAAUAAUAGACACUAAGAACUACAAGCAAUCAUCUGUUUAGCCUCUGUGAAGCAUGUAUUGGUGAGUGUCUUAAUUUAGAACAUGGCUAAGCUGCAUCCAGCUACCAGUACACUUGUUCUCAGAGAGUCUUCUCUAUAUUUCCAACAACAACAGCAACAACGAUAACAAAAGCAACAAAAACAGCAACAACAGCAGGAGCAGGAGCAGGAGCAGCAGCAGCAACAGAGACAAAUGGAAGUCUGUUGUACUCCAGUGUCCCCAUGUACAUGUACAUGUAUAAACUCACCAACAAUGAACUGGUAUUAUUAACUUUUAUCAGGGGUGGUGGAGUGUCUUCCAAAGUUGGGGGUGGGGGGGGGGGGCACCAACAUCAAAUGGCACUUUCUAGAAUAUAGGGACACCUACAAAGGAAACCUCAAAGCAGAAAUAUGUACCACGUUUAGACAUUUUUUAUAUGUACAUGUAUAUAACCCUACAUUGUGAUUACAAUUUCAUGGAUGAUUUCAAUAUUUGUUUAUCUUUUUAUGGUUGGGUGUCAUGGGGGCAUUUA